AUGAAUCGGGAAUCCUCUAGGCAUGUGAACGAGGAAAGCGAUCGUGUGCCUGUCAUAGACACUCUCCGCGGGCUUGUCAACGAGAGUCCAGUCACGCCAGACGUUGCUGUCAGAGAGCGCAACAACCUGCAAGAAUCGCUGAUAAAGGCUUUAGUCCGGCAAAAGGAUGGUAGAGAGUUUCUUCCGCUGGCCAAGCUUGACGAAUUGGUGACCAGAAAGGUCGUGGAGCGUCAGCUUAGAGCGGAGUUCGAAGAUCUGUCCAGAGAUGCAGACUUGCAGGCAUGCAUCGAGUACGUCUGCAACAGGCAAGAUAUCGGGGGCGCAAAACAUCUCAAGUUCACUUCAGGAAGGAGGCUCUUUGCCAUUCUUAUUAUGAUUGAAAAGCUGGAUAGCUUCACCGAUCUGAGAGCUGCCGAUCUUCGAGACAUUGAUCUGCCUCUGAAGAGAGUUGAUGAUGGUUUGAGAAGCGCUCACAGGAACAACACUUUCGCCUGCUUCCGGUCUUGGUCGACAUUCAAGCUGCGUGCAUUUGAGGAGUGGCAGUGGAAAUUAUUGGCACCCUACUUUUCGACGGCAGAUGACGCAAGAGAGAAAGUGCUGUUUUACAGGCUAGCACCUCAAACUGUCAUGCCGUGGACUGAAGAGGAGAUUGCACCAGCGGAGUACUACGGGGGCCAGAGCUGGGUGAAGAAAGUGAAGAUUCACGAGUCUCAUCACAACUUCAAAUCUCUAGAGGCAAGUUGA